UUCAAAUUUGGCACUCCCACAACCACCUUCCUUCCAAUAUAAAUAUAAUGGGCCAUACCGUGAACCUUGUCACACCGUCCACACAUAAUUUCAUAGUCUGUCCUUUCACACUAGAUGCGGUCUAGUGUGACCUCGGGAUAUCAGAUUCGAUCUCCGGAUAAGCGAUGACAGUCUGACCUCGGGCCUGCAAUAAUGUAAAAGGGAAAGGAUGAUACUUGUACAGAAAGUUGAUCAAAAUCAAAAUCAAAAUCAGAGAACAAUAGCUAGGGGGAAUGGCUGAAGCUGUGAUUGGUGGUGUCACUGAGGGUAUCAUCAAUAAGUUGAUCUCCCUGAUUGCUGACGAAAUCGGUCUGGCAUGGGGUUUCAAGGGAGAACUGCGAAAACUUCAAAACACUCUGGUGGGGAUUCAGAAUGUGCUUGAGGAUGCCGAGACGCUCCAAGUUACAGACAUGAAUGUGAAAAAGUGGUUGAUGAGUCUCAAAGAUGUGUCUUAUGAAGCUGAUGAUGUAUUAGAUGAAUUUGCAACUGAAAUGUUGCGAUACAAGGUUGAGAAUACUGGGAACCGCUUGACAAAAAAGGUACGCAACUUCUUAACACCCAGCUCCAACAACCCAGUUGCAUUUCGUCUUAGGAUGGUUCAUAAGAUCAGAAAUAUCAAUGUGAAGUUGGAUGAAAUUGCAAAAGAAAGGGAUAGAUUUCAUUUCAAAAAUGUGACUACUAAAGAGAGAAUAACAAACAACAGAGAAACCACUGCAUCUCUAGAUGAUGAUGAUUUACCGGUUGUUGGGAGGGAUAAGGAUAAAUGGAUCAUCAUAGAUAAGUUGAUUAAAAGCAGCGCCAGCCCAGAGGCUACUGUGUCUGUGUCUGUCCUUCCCAUAGUGGGGAUGGGGGGAUUGGGCAAGACCACACUAGCUAAAUUGGUCUAUAACGAUGCGUCCAUCCAGGGUUUUUUCGAUUUAAAAAUGUGGGUCUGCGUGUCAGAUGACUUUGAUGUCAAAAGGCUUGCCACAGAAAUCAUACACUCCGCUGGCAAUACAACAUUUGCUUCAACAACAAAUUUGAAUACAAUCGAAACAUCCCUUCGAAGCAUUUUGGAAGAUAAAAGGUUCUUAAUCGUACUUGAUGAUGUUUGGAACGAAAAUGUUGCAGAGUGGAAUCGAUUCAGAAAGUGUUUAGGAGAUGGUGCUAAGAAAGGAAGCAAAAUCCUUGUAACCACACGCAGUGAGAAGGUUGCGUCCAUCGUGCAUACGCAUACGGGGGAUGGACCUACUCCUCUAAUAAUGCACCAUUUGAAAGGAUUAUCUUUUGAAGAUUGUUGGUCCAUAUUCAAGCAGAGAGCAUUUGGUUAUUGUAGGGUUGAUGUGGCAGAGGAUCAAAUUGAUGAUUUGGUAGAAAUUGGAAAGGCGUUGGUGAAGAGGUGUCAAGGUGUACCAUUAGCAGCAAAAGCACUGGGCGGGCUUAUGCGCAACAAAAGAUCAAAGGAGGAAUGGGUGUGGGUGAGAGAUAGUGGAAUUUGGAAACAAUUCGAAAACGAUACCAAGAUUUUACCAGCUCUGAAGCUGAGUUACGAUGAUUUGCCUUAUUAUUUGAAGCAGUGUUUUGCUUACUGUUCCGUGUUUCCCAAAGACCAUAAGAUUAUAAAAUAUGAUUUGAUAAGGCAAUGGAUUGCGCAUGGGUUUGUGGUCGCAGCAGCUGAGAACGAUGAGGCUAAUUCAUUGGUAGAUACUGCAGACGGAUACUUCAAUAGCUUAUUGGGUAGAUCGUUUUUUCAAGAUGUAGAGAGGUAUUCAUCUGGUAACAUAUGGAGAUGCAAGAUGCAUGACCUUAUGCAUGAUCUUGCACAGUCUGUUAAUGGAGAUGAAUGCAAUGUCAUUGAGUUGUCAUCGGCAGUAGAUGAUGAUCGACAACAACAACAACAACAUAAUAAUAAUAAACUAGUAAGAUGGAUUCAUGAAAAAAGUACAACUCUGCAUUUGUCAAUUGUUUCAUCAACAACUAAGACUAUUACAAACCCAGUUCAUCAACUAUUCUCGGCAUAUGUUAAUAAUUCAAGCAGAAGCAGAUUCCAUAUCCAUACUAUUAUUCUUCUCUCAUCAAAUUGUUGGAGUCGUAUUAAUGUUGACAAAAGGGUGUUGGAUUUUAUCUGCUUAAACUUUAAGUGCUUACGUUUGUUGGACUUGCAGCAUGCUAAGAUUAGGGAGGUUUCAUCUCGGAUUGGCAAGUUGAAACAUUUAAGAUACCUUGACCUCUCAGACACAAAUAUUGAAGAAUUACCUGACUCAAUCACCAAUCUCUACAACUUACAGACGUUAUUUCUCUUCGCCUGCUGCAAACUCAAACAGCUCCCACGAGACAUGAGAAAGAUGAUUAGUUUGAGAGAUCUUGAUAUCCGUGACAGUGGCAUCAAUAAGAUGCCGGAGGGAAUGGGACAAUUAACCAACCUCCAAACACUAAGGGGUUUUGUAGUGGGCAAGGAUGGUGGCGGUGGUAUUGGAGAUCUGGGCCCUUUGAAUCAUCUUCGUGAAUUAGAUAUAGUUUUCAAAGCUGGCUGCUUCCACAACCUCAACCUCGACAGACGAGCGAGAGAAGAAAUAAGCAGGGCAAAGUUAUUGAAGGAAAAGCGCAACCUUGGUCAGUUGUCAUUGUCCUGGAGAGAAGACGAAGAAGACAACUCUGUUCAUCUGGAUCAUCAGGAAGUUGUCAAUGAUGUGCUGCUGGAAGCUCUCCAACCUAAUUCUAAUCUGAAAUGGUUGCUGAUAGAAGGGUUUCCUGGUACAAGAUUACCUUCUUGGAUCACAAUGGCUCAACAUGUGUAUAUCUUUGUAUGUCCUCAACUGAGAUCUUUAAAAGAAGGGAACCCAAACUCGGUGUUAAUUGAAGAGUUGUACAUCAGAAGUUGCCGCAACCUGACGUCUCUGUGGAAAGGGAUCCAAGGCUUCACAUCACUAAAACAGCGCAGAAUUUAAUAGGCCCAAAGUACAGGGGGAAUGCAUCUGACCGUGAAUUGAUGCCAAAUUCACGGACAGGAUGUGGUUUAUAGGGGGGAGAGGGCUAGUUGUAGGGAGGCUGGAAUUCAGAAUUCUGCAUCGUGUGUCUCCGUACUUCUCCGUUUUAACAAUGGUAUUUGACAGGGGAGAAAGGAUGGAACAGGGACAAGAUUGCUCAAAUUCCACAUGUCAACAUUUUCUCUGGUAAUAGUUUACUAGAUUUCUACAAGGGAAGAGCUACAAGUUUAUAGCAGGUAUCUCAGUGACAAGUGGAAGCGUUUUGAGAGACCUGAAUCCAAUAAUUGAAGCUUAAUUAGUGGAAUUUGUAAGGGUGUUUUGGAAUAUAUCAGAAAUUUGACUGUGGCUACCUAUACAUCUUGUAUCAAUACCAUGGAGGCAUGGACAUGGAGGAAAGCUGGUUGUAGUCGUAAAAUUUCUACUGUUUUUAUUGUAAUUUAUAAUUAAACCUGGGAGAACCAUUGGGUGUGAAUAGUGUUGUACAUGAUUUGAAGAGUAGGCUAAAAGCUCUGUCA